UGGACCUCCCUCCGCCCUCCUCACGGGCGGCUUCCUUCGCCUCCUCUGUAGCUCGUCUUCCCUUAGGAACGUGUUUGUCCUUUAGCAUCUUUUCCUUCUGGAGAGCUGCAGCGUCACCCUCUUCCUAGUUUCUUCACCACCCCUCGGGGUUGAAGCUCCGCCCUUUCCUUCUCCCCUCCCCUUCCUGACGUGACAGAUUUUCUGCCGAGUCGACCUCUGAUCUCUUAGCCUCUGAUUUUGCUUUCUGCCCCGCAGAUAGGAUUCUCCCCCCUCCUCGCCCCCCACCGCUGCUAUCUCCAGCUCCGCGAGCAGCGCUAUGGAGUUCCCCGAUUUAGGCGCCCACUGCUCGGAACCGUCUUGCAAGCGCCUGGGGUUGCAUGGGAAACUGCUAUACCUCCUCUUCACGUCAUCAUACUGUCCUUUCCUGCUCCCAGACUUUCUUCCCUUGAAAUGUGAUGCUUGCGGGCAACUAUUCUGCACCAGUCACGUUGCCUACGCCCACCACAACUGCACUUCAGCUUACAAAAAGGAUGUGCAGGUCCCUGUGUGCCCACUCUGCAGCACACCGAUUCCCGUGAAGCGAGGUGAGAUGCCUGAUAUUGUGGUGGGGGCACAUAUAGACCAAGACUGCAAAUCGGACCCAGCUCGACGUAAGCGCAAGAUCUUCACCAACAAGUGUCAGCGGCCUGGCUGCAAGCAACGGGAGAUGAUGAAGGUUGUUUGUGACCAGUGUCAUGGCAACUUCUGCCUCAAGCACCGACACCCACUGGAUCAUGACUGCACUGGGGCUGGCCAUCCCCUCUCCAAGGCAGGGCAUGCUGCCAUUGGCAGAGCUCAAAAGUCAACCAAAGCACCUGCAAGCACCGUGUCCAGCAAUGGGGCCAUGAGAACUGUUGCAAGCCCACCGACCUCCAGCAGAGCCAGUGAGAUGGCAAGAGCACCCCAGCCCCAAAGCACAUCUCCACCAGCUGUUGUCCUGCAGAAUGGUCUGAGCGAAGAGGAAGCACUGCAACGUGCCUUGGAGAUGUCCCUGGCAGAGACCGUGUCCAGCCAGCCACAGUCCCGCAGCACCCAGGAGGAGGAAGAUCUAGCACUGGCUCGAGCUCUUUCAGCUAGUGAGGAGGAAUACCGGCGGCAGCAGCAGCAGCAGCAGCAACAGGCUCGAAGCACAAAACCGUCCAACUGUUGCCUCUCCUGAAUGCAAAGAGCCCCUGUCAGCAUGGAACUCCUCCUCACUGCAAUGGUUCUUCCUCUGUAGUUGCAGGGGAUACUUUCUCCUGCUGCUCCCUCAGGGCUACUAACAACUGACCAAAGGCUGCACCUCUGCCCUCCUAGAGUGUCUUUAGCCACAAAACUGUUCUCCUGUUGCACUGUGACCAUGUGAAGCCUUCUGGGGCAGAUGGCAGCACUUCCGCUGCUGGAUGGAGGGGAAGCUGGUAGCUUGGGAAUAGCAGCCCCUCUGCUGGAACCAUGGGUGGUGGUAGGUCCCAGCAGGGGAAAAGGUUGGUAUGGCCUCCCUUUCCUCUGUGGUAGUCCCACGGUUGGACAGUAGGUGGUGCUACAUGCUUUUACUAUGAGGGGUUCCCACUUCAUUCUUGGUGCUGGGCUUCUGUCUACCUGUCUUCAAAGGGGAAGGUCCUUCCCAAUGCUGUAGUUGUACCAGCUGUCUGACAUUUGCUUACUUGACUGUUUCAGCAGCUGGAGGGGUCAGGUAAUGGGAAGGAUGGUGCAGUGCGAGACCUUUGCAUGCUGCAAGCCAAGGAAACAUGUCUGCUGCCUGUUCUGCAUAAUCCUUUCCCUGCUGGGAGAAGAUGAUGGAUCCUCCCUUUACUGUGGCUGCCAGCCCAUUGCCAGGACACUGAUGCUUAGCCUCCUCUUGCGAAGUCUGCCAAAGAUCAGCCUUGGAGUGGCCAGCUGGUAGCCCUGUAGUGGUAGGGACGGGGAAGUGUUCCCUUUCAGUAGAUGGCCAGCUUCUUUGCAUUGUGUGUUGCACAGCUGGCUGGCCCCAGGUGUGGUGUCCAUACCUCAAUGACCAUUUGGAUGUCUAUCUGCUUGUCUCUCUGUCUGAUGCAUGAUUUAGGCAGGCGCUCUAUCUUUUACAGCCCUGAACUUCAGUUCUAUACCCUUCAGCAGUGAUUGGUGUUUCUCUCCUGCUGCAGUCUGCAGGGGUCACCUUGCCAUCCAGCAUUCUGUGCCUUUACUGUAUCACUCUCAGGGUUGGAGUGAGGAAAGGGCAUUGCAGAAGUGCUGGUGGGAAUCAAUAAAUUUGCGCACAUAAGUA